AUGAAAGAGUUGAAGCUAGCUCUGAAACAGUGGAAUAGUGAAGUAUUUGGCAAUAUAAAUACUAAAUUGAAACAAGCAGAAGAUGAGUUGCAUCAGAUUGAUCUGGUAGAAAAGGUAAGAGAGCUUGUAGAGGCAGAAAAAGCUCGAAGAAGAGAGGUUAGUGAAGAAGCUGAGAUUAGGUGUGCUAUUACAGAUUGUGAUGGCAACAAGGCUCUAGGCCCAGAUGGGUUCAACUUGGCAUGUGUCCAGAAGAUGUGGAAGGUAAUGAAGAGUGAUGUGAUCAACUUUAUAAGUGAAUUCCAUAAAAACAGUAAGUUAGUUAAAGGGAUCAAUAGUUCUUUUAUCACUUUGGUGCCUAAGAAGGAGAAUCUAGUGAGUGUAGCAAAUUAUCGACUAAUCACUUUGGUUGGCUCAUUGUAUAAGAUUCUAUCAAAGGUACUAUCCUCUAGGUUGAAAGCAGUGCUCCCUCAAAUUAUAAGUAAAAAUCAAUCAGCAUUCCUAGGAGGUAUGAACAUAUUAGAUGGUGUUUUGGUAACAAAUGAGGUGGUAGAUGGAUGGAAGAAGUCUAGGAAAAGAGGUUUGAUCAUAAAGCUAGAUUUUGAGAAAAUCUAUGACUUAUUAAAUUGGGACUUUUUGUUUUCAAUGAUGAUAAAUUUUGGGUUUGGAGAGAAGUGGAUGGGAUGGAUUAAGGAGCGUAUUACCUCUUCUAGACUAUUUGUGCUUGUUAAUGGAGUACCAACUGGUGAAUUUAGUCCCCAAAGAGGGCUCAGACAAGGGGAUUCCUUGUCCCCUUUUCUGUUCAACAUAGUAGCUGAGGGUUUAAAUAUUUUACUAUCAAGAGCUUUGGAUAUGGAAUUGAUAAAAGGGGUGAAGAUUGGUGCAGGUCUGAAGAUAAACUAUCACAAAAGUGUAGUGAGUGGUGUGGGAGUUCCAGUUGAAUCUAUGAAUGAGUUUGCAUCUGUGCUAAAUUGCAAAGUGAAAAUUUUACCAAUUAAGUAUCUUGGAUUACCAUUGGGGGCUAAACCAAGUAGAAAAACAACUUGGAGGCCUAUUUUGGACAAAGUUACAGUUAAACUAGUAGGGUGGAAAAAGGAGAUCACUCUCAUUUGCAGGGAGAUUGACCCUGAUAAAUUAAAAGUGGGUAAUGGCCAUAGAGUGAAGUUCUGGGUGGAUAAAUGGUGUGAAAAUAUAAGUCUUAAAGAUGAUUUCCCACUAUUAUAUAGACUGGUAGUAAACAAGGGAGAGUCUUUCUCUGCAAUGAUGGAAAGGAAGGUGGUUACAGGUGAUUGGUUGUUCCAAUUCAGAAAGGAGCGAUAUGAUUGGGAAAGUGUGGAGGUUACCAGAUUGAUAGGUUUUUUAGAGGUUUGUCCUGUCCUCUGGUCUCUCUUGGAAGAUACACUGGUGUGGGAGGCUUCAAAAACAAGGAGGUUUACAGUUGAAUCAGUCUAUAAAUUUCUGGAAGGUGGUUUUGGCCGCUAUAGUAGAACAAGCAAAAGGGUGUGGGUGAAGUACAUUCCUCCUAGAGUCCAAUUCUUUGGGUGGCUUGCUUGGAAAGGUAGACUUAAAACAGCAGACUUUCUUCUUCGAAUUGGUGUUCUCAAUGCUAAUGCAUCAACCCUCUACAUUAUGUGCAAAUCUGUGGAUGAGUCAAUUAAUCAUGUCCUAUUGUCUUGCCCAGUGACUUGGAGAGUGUGGUCGAAAAUACUAAAUUGGGGGGGAGUACAAGGUGCACUACCUGAUACAGUGGAGGCUAUUCUUCACUGGUAG